CAAGCCGCGGCUGCGCAUGUUCCUACCGGGCUUUACGUUAUUUUCGAACAAUGUUUUACCGCUAAAAUGACAAAUUCCGCAAUGUUUUCGACGUAACAACAGUUCAAAAACAAAAUGAAGUGUCAGUUCUUACAUUUAGUUCCGUGAGUGUUGAUUUAUUGAGUGGUUUAACGACAGCAGAAGUAAAACAAAUGUGUGUGAUCCAUGUGUGAAUGUUGUGCUACAAAAUGUGGUCGAGAAACUUUAUACCGGAUUAUGGGAUUAGACUGCUGGCCACAGCUGUGCUGCUGUCGACGGUAGCAGCCAGGAUCCAAGGAGUCGAAGGUUUCGUUUCCUGCUCGCCCUCUCCUUGUAAGAAUGGCGGGACCUGUCUCUCGUCGCCCCGGGGAGAAUACUUCUGCAACUGCACCUCCCGAUACGCCGGCGAGUUCUGCCAGCACCUCAACCCUUGCCACAGCGAGUCCAGUCCCCGAUGUCAGAACGGCGGUACUUGCCGGGUCAGGCCCGGUGCUGGUGGAGGCCCUCCCUCCUUCGCCUGCGACUGUCCUCUCGGCUUCAGCGCUUCUCUCUGCGAAAUCAGGGUGCCUGCUGCGUGCGAUUCAGCGCCGUGUUUGAAUGGAGCCACGUGUCGGUUGACAUCGCUGGAUACGUUUGAGUGUGACUGCCCUCCUGGGUAUACAGGCGCCGAAUGCUCCCACGAAGACCACUGCGCCUCCCAACCUUGCAGAAACGGGGGUCGAUGCGUAGCCGAUAACACCACCGCAGCCGGCUACUCCUGCGCAUGCCCGCCCGGCUUCACCGGCAACAGGUGCACUGAAGACGUGGUGGAAUGUUCCACUGGCGCCGGCCCUUGUCACCACGGAAGAUGCUUUAAUACCCAUGGUUCUUAUACGUGCGUCUGCGAACCUGGAUAUACCGGGAGAGACUGUGAUGCGGAGUAUGUCCCGUGCGAGCCGUCGCCGUGCCUCCACGAUGGGAAGUGUACUCCGCUGGAUCAGCUCAGAUAUAAAUGCGAUUGUCCUACUGGGUAUCGAGGUCAGAACUGCGAGAUCGACAUCGAUGACUGUCCAGGGCAUCUCUGUCAGAACGGAGCCACCUGCAUUGAUGGUCUCAACACGUACACUUGCGAGUGUCCACCAACUUUCACCGGGACUCUGUGCGAGACUGACGUCGACGAGUGUGCUUUGAGGCCUUUAGUUUGUCAAAAUGGCGCCACCUGUACGAAUACAGUUGGCGGUUUCUCCUGCAUCUGUGUCAACGGCUGGACCGGCCCCGAGUGCUCGGUGAACAUCGACGACUGCGCCGGCGCAGCUUGCUUCAACGGCGCCACCUGCAUCGAUAGAGUUGGUGCUUUCUACUGCAAGUGUACUCCUGGAAAAACUGGUCUACUAUGCCAUCUAGAUGACGCCUGCACAUCAAACCCUUGCCAUGCAGACGCUAUCUGCGACACCAGUCCUAUCAAUGGAUCUUACACUUGCUCUUGCGCAUCAGGCUACAAGGGCUUGGACUGUUCCGAAGACAUAGAUGAGUGUGAACAAGGAUCCCCUUGUGAGCACGACGGUAUUUGCGUCAACACCCCCGGCUCCUUCGCCUGCAACUGUUCCGUGGGCUUCACAGGCCCCCGUUGCGAGACCAAUGUCAACGAGUGUGAGAGCCACCCCUGCAGGAACGAUGGCUCUUGCUUGGACGAUCCUGGGACCUUUCGAUGUGUCUGCAUGCCUGGUUUUACUGGUAUACAAUGCGAGGUGGAAAUUGACGAGUGCGCCAACAACCCCUGUCUCAACGGAGGCGUGUGUCAUGACAUGAUCAACGCUUUUAGAUGCACCUGCGUCAUUGGGUUCACGGGCGCGCGGUGUCAAGUAAACAUCGACGACUGCGCAUCAAGCCCUUGUCGGAACGGUGGCACGUGCCACGACUCCAUUGCUGGUUACACUUGCGAAUGCCCUCCCGGAUACACUGGCUUGUCGUGCGAGACCAAUAUCAACGAUUGUCUCUCCGCGCCUUGCCAUCGCGGCGAGUGUAUCGACGGCGACAACAGCUUCACCUGCAAUUGCCACCCCGGCUACACGGGCAGAGUGUGCCAGACUCAGAUAAACGAGUGCGAAUCCAACCCCUGCCAGUUUGGAGGACAUUGCGAAGAUCUCAUCGACGGCUACCAAUGUCGUUGUAAACCGGGCACUUCGGGCCGCAACUGCGAGAUAAAUGUCAACGAAUGCUACUCCAAUCCCUGCAGGAAUGGCGCCACUUGCAUCGACGGCAUUAAUAGGUACACGUGUGAAUGUAUCCCUGGCUUCACGGGCCAACACUGCGAGACAAACAUCAAUGAAUGCAUUCCGAAUCCUUGUGCCAAUGGUGGAAUCUGUAUCGACAGAAUCAACGGCUUUAGAUGUGAAUGCCCUAGAGGGUACUAUGAUGCUAGAUGCUUGUCAGAUGUUAACGAAUGCGCUUCGAACCCUUGUGUCAACGGUGGUAGCUGCGAGGAUGGAGUGAACCAGUUCAUCUGUCAUUGCUUACCUGGUUAUGGAGGUCAACGUUGUGAACGCGACAUCGACGAAUGCAGUUCGAACCCUUGCCAGCAUGGCGGUACCUGUCAUGAUAGACUCAAUGCUUAUAAGUGCGACUGCGUUCUUGGAUUCAAUGGAGUGAACUGCGAGACGAACAUCGACGACUGCGCGGGGCGGCCGUGCCUCCACGGCGGCUCCUGUAUCGACCAAGUGAACGGUUACAGAUGCGUCUGCACUCCGCCGCAUUCUGGACGCAACUGCGAGAAUACCCUCGAUCCCUGCAUGCCUAAUCAAUGUCGCCACGGCGGUCGUUGCAAAGCCGAAGCUUCAUACGCGGAAUUUACCUGCCAAUGCCCUGUUGGCUGGACCGGUGCUUUGUGCGAGAGGGACGUCGACGAAUGCUUCGUCACUACGCCGUGUCAUAACGAGGCCACGUGCAUAAACACCGAUGGAUCGUACGCUUGCAUUUGUGCGAAAGGAUACGAGGGGAAAGACUGUGCAAUUAACACGGAUGAUUGUGCUUCGUUCCCCUGCCAAAACGGCGCGACCUGCUUGGACAGUAUCGGCGACUACAACUGCUUAUGCGCAAGCGGUUUCGCUGGGAAGCAUUGUGAGAUUGAUAUCGACGAGUGCGAGUCUCAACCUUGUAUGAACGGCGCCACUUGUAACCAGUACGUGGCCUCUUACACGUGUACCUGCCCCCUGGGUUUCUCCGGCAUCAACUGUCAGACCAACGAUGAAGACUGCACUGACUCUAGUUGCAUGAACGGAGGCACCUGUAUCGAUGGCAUCAACUCUUACAACUGCUCCUGUCCACCUGGAUACACCGGCUCGAACUGUCAGUUCCGCAUCAACAUGUGCGACAGUUCCCCGUGCGACAACGGCGCCACCUGUCACGACCACGUCACACACUACACCUGUCAUUGUCCAUACGGGUACACAGGAAAACAUUGCGACGCUUUUGUUGACUGGUGUGAAGGAAAUCCUUGCGAGAAUGGAGCCACGUGUUCACAGAAAGGGCCGCAGUACACUUGCACCUGCGCCCCGGGCUGGUCCGGGAAACUCUGUGAUGUCGAGAUGGUGUCGUGUAAGGACGCCUCUAUCAGGAAAGGUGUAAAACUAAAACAACUGUGCAACAAUGGUACGUGUGAAGACAUUGGUAACUCCCACCGCUGCCACUGUCUCGAUGGCUACACCGGCUCCUACUGUCAAAAGGAAAUCAACGAAUGCGACUCUGCUCCUUGCCAAAACGGAGCCAUCUGCAAAGACCUAGUGGGCACUUACCAGUGUCAAUGUGCUAAAGGAUUCCAGGGACAGAACUGCGAACUAAACGUCAAUGAUUGCCUGCCAAACCCCUGCCAAAAUGGAGGCACUUGUCAUGAUCUCAUCAAUAACUUCUCCUGCUCAUGUCCUUUCGGUACUUUAGGGAAAAUAUGCGAAAUCAACGUCAAUGAUUGCAAGCAAGACGCCUGUCAUAACAAUGGAACUUGCAUCGAUAAAGUUGGAGGCUUUGAAUGCAAAUGUCCACCAGGAUUUGUUGGGCCCAGAUGUGAAGGUGAUAUCAACGAAUGCUUGUCUAACCCUUGCUCGACACCCGGUACUCAAGAUUGCGUUCAGUUAGUCAACGAUUAUCACUGCAAUUGUAAACCUGGUUAUAUGGGAAGACACUGUGAUGCUAAAGUCAAUUUCUGUGCCAACUCGCCAUGUCAGAACGGCGGUAUGUGCACUGCUAUACAAGGUGGACACGAAUGUCUUUGCAAUGAAGGCUUUUAUGGCAAGAACUGUGAGUAUUCUGGUUACGCUUGCGACUCCAACCCUUGUCAAAACGGUGGCUAUUGCCGUACCUCCGAGAUCGGAGAUUACGUCUGCGACUGUCCUAUAGGUUUGUCUGGUGUCAACUGCGAGAGAGAUUCUCUAAACGAAUGUUUGAGCAAUCCAUGUAAACAUCCAGAAGCACGUUGUUUUGAUAAACCAGGUGAUUAUUUGUGCUACUGCCCAAGGCAAUGGACCGGAAAGAAUUGUGAUAUUCACGACCCUCACGCUCGAGGUGGGUAUGGAGGUCAAUUACCGAAUGUUUAUAAUAAGAGCCCCACAAUAAGCAUUGAAGAACUUGAUUUGGCUUAUCAAAAAGAACAAUGUGUGAAACUUGGUUGCAAAGAAAAACAAGGUGAUUAUCGAUGUGAUGAAGAAUGUAAUACUUACGCUUGUGGAUUUGAUGGUAACGACUGUUCUUUGGGCAUUAACCCUUGGGCGAACUGUACAGCACCAAUCAAAUGUUGGGAAGUGUUUAUGAACGGAGAAUGUAAUGAGGUUUGUAACACACAAGCAUGCUUAUUCGAUGGAAGAGAUUGCCAGAAGUCCUUACAGAGAUGCAAUCCGAUAUACGACGCGUAUUGUCAAAAGCAUUACGCUAAUGGGCACUGUGAUUACGGAUGUAACAACGCUGAGUGUAACUGGGACGGACUGGACUGCGAAAAUGAGCCUCCCGAACUAGCAGAAGGUGUAAUGUCAGUGAUUCUGUUGAUGGAUAUGCAAACUUUCAAGGAGAACUCCAUUGCAUUCUUAAGAGAUUUGGGUCAUCAGCUGAGAACAACAGUAUUGAUAAAGAAAGAUCAUCUUGGUAAUGAUAUGGUUUAUCCUUGGAAAGGUAAUGCGGAUGUCGGUCUUCAAGAUACAGAAGUUGGAAAGAAACAUCAUAUAAUUAUGACUGAAAAAGUGCAACCUGGAGUUCACGUAUAUUUAGAGAUUGACAAUAGAAAAUGUUCAACAGAACCUGGUUCAGAAUGUUUCUUCUCCGCCCGAGAAGCUGCCGAAUUUUUGGCUGCCACGGCUUCCAAGCAUUCUAUCAUGUCCGAUUUCCCUAUCUUCCAAGUGAAAGGUGUUACAACACCUACUGGCACAGACGACAUACAAACCAAUUCCAAAUACGUUUUCAUCGGAGUGAUUCUUGUCCUGCUAGCUGGCUUGCUAAUUGGAGUAUUGGUGACUGCGCAAAGGAAACGCGCUGCUGGCAUUACAUGGUUCCCCGAAGGUUUUAUAAGAAACAAUUCCUCGACCAGACGAAGAUCACGGCGUCGUGGGCCUGAUGGGCAAGAGAUGAGGAAUUUGAACAAAGGUUCUAUGGGUUGUAUUGAUGUUGAUAUAAAUGGGGGUCAUAUGGGACCUCCUCAUUGGUCGGACGAGGAUGACGAUGGUUCUGCUCCACCGAGGGCCAAAAGAGCGCGAGGUCCAGGAGAUUCUAAUGGUGCUCCCGGAGGAUACGCGUCGGAUCAUACUGCGAUCACGGAUUAUGAAGAAGCAGGUCAUGAGCCUAGAGUGUGGACGCAGCAACAUCUGGACGCGGCUGAUAUCAGGGUACCGCCUAGCAUGAUGACGCCGCCUGCUAUACAUGAUGGUCAUGUCGACGUGGACGCUCGAGGCCCUCUCGGUAUGACUCCACUGAUGGUCGCAGCCGUAAGGGGAGGAGGUCUGGACACAGGUUCUGACGCUGAAGACGAACAGACCGCUCACAUCAUAUCAGAACUCGUCGCUCAAGGCGCGCAACUCAAUGCGGCUAUGGAUAAGACUGGAGAAACUAGUUUGCAUCUUGCUGCAAGAUAUGCCAGAGCUGACGCAGCUAAACGUCUUCUCGACGCCGGGGCCGACGCGAACUCUCAAGACAAUACCGGCCGGACGCCAUUACACGCGGCAGUCGCCGCAGACGCCAUGGGCGUUUUCCAGAUCCUACUGAGGAAUAGAGCCACAAAUCUGAAUGCCAGGAUGCAUGAUGGCACAACACCACUUAUUUUAGCUGCUAGGCUAGCCAUAGAAGGCAUGGUAGAAGAUCUCAUAAACGCGGACGCUGACAUAAACGCGGCUGACAACAGCGGCAAAACGGCGCUCCACUGGGCCGCCGCUGUCAACAAUGUGGACGCAGUCAACGUGCUGCUCAUGCACGGCGCUAAUAGAGACGCGCAAGACGAUAAGGACGAAACUCCGCUAUUCCUCGGCGCUCGCGAAGGCUCCUAUGGGGCUUGUCGAGCACUUCUCGAUGCAAUGGCGAAUAGAGAAAUAACUGACCACAUGGACAGACUGCCUCGUGAUGUGGCGCAGGAGAGGAUGCAUGACGAUAUAGUCAGGCUACUGGACGAACAUUGUCCAAGGCCGCCUCCGCAGCAUCAUCAUCUCAUGGCGUCCCCAAACCCCCACCCGCAGCUGAUCAGCCAGCCCACGGUCAUCAGCUCCUCGAAGGGAAAGCCCAAGAAGCCACGUGCCAAGGCUGGUCCCGACAGCCCACAAGACCACUUCGACAACAACAAUAUGCAGCACACGCAGAUAAGACGAAAGCCAAGCGUAAAAAAGAACAACAAAAAAGUGGCGCAAGAGGUGCCACAGAGCGUUGAGAGUUUGGGUCCCAGUCUGAGCCCGGUGGAAUCACCGCUCCAAAAUUUACAGGACAUGCCGUCGCCUUACGACACGACGUCGCUGUACUCGAACGCGAUGGCGCAGUUCGCGGGCAUCGAGCAGCUCAUGCCGCACAAGCAGCCGCCCAGCUAUGAGGACUGCGUCAAGACGGGUCAGACGAUGCAGCAAUCGUUCGGCGGCGGCGCGCUGGGCGCGUCGUUGUCGCCGCCCUACUCCAACCACUCGCCCACACACAGCAACCACACCACGUCGCCGCACGCCUAUAUUGGCUCCCCCUCUCCGGGUAAAUCGCGACCAUCUUUACCGACGUCUCCUGCGCACAUGGCGGCGUUGCGGCAUUCACAUCAACAUCAACUAGACGCGGCGGCUUACUCUGCGCUUGCGCACCUCAACGCCAACGGUCAGCAUAACGCUCAGUUGCAAGCGAUGAUGCACGCAGCAGCUCUCGGACAGGUCCAGGGGCAGCAUCCGGCGCUCAAUAGUAUAAGUCUCUACGGAGGUUGGGGUAUAGGCGAUACGUUCCCGACGCCAUCUCCCGAAUCCCCAGACCAUUGGUCGACCCCCUCCCCCCAGACACCGCUCACGCAAUCGCCCCACUCUGAUUGGUCGGACCGCGCGGCUCUAUCGCCAAACGACAUCCAACAAACCAAUAAGGGAGCGACCGAAGCCAUCUAUAUUUAAUUCGAAAAAUCGAACGAAAUGUCAACGGUCAAAAUUAGAACGUCAUGGCGAAAACUAUUGUAAAAAGCGCCCUGUAAAUGUUCGGUAGGUCAUGUUAAGGCGACUUGACUCGCAAUUAAUUUUGCAAGGUUUUUUAUUAAUAAGUUACUGUAAAAUGUAUUAUUAACGAAUGUUAAAUUGUAAAAUAGCAAUGAUUAACUGAAAUUAAAAUUGUAAACUAGUUUUGAACUAGAUUAAUAUUUUUGGAAUUAAAAAACUGACAAUAAAAUGUAAUCUAACAGAGUGAUGAUAAAACUCGAAUGCCUGGAAAUCUCAAGGUGCUGAAGUGCCGUAGAUAUUAUAGACUGAUAUGUACAGCCAUGACUAGAGUAGCGUAGACUAACGCACUAAGCACUAAUCCACAAUCACGACAUGAUAAAAGACUUUUUCGGUGUAUUCUUUUUUAAAAAUUGAUUCUCAAACUGGCAGUCAAUAAUUUAAAUACUAGCAUGAUUUGUUUAUCGUUUUAGAAUUCGAUUUUUAAAUAAAUGUGAAUUAAUAACGUAAUCAUUCCAUUAAAUACACCGAUUUUAAUGCCUAAUGACAUAAUGAUACAAUAUGAUUGUUGUUUGUUAAAUGUUUUUUUUAUUUACUUGUUUUUAACUCAGUGUUUGAAUCAUUAAUUUUAAAUGGAUAUGUUUCGCAUAGAGAUUGUUUUGCGUAAUCGUGAAGGGAAAUUAUUUAUGUGUGAUUCUUUAUGCCUAGAUUUUUAAUUGUAUACUAUAGAUUACGUUACUUUUAUCUGUAUCUAUAACACAAAUGUAGAAUUUUAAUUAUUAUAUUUAAAAUUCUCACUUACUUUAUAAAAUAGAAAGUAAAAUAAAUUUGCUGAACUUUUUUUUAAAUUUCUUUGUGUUUGAUAAAUAAUAAAUAAUUAAUUUAAACAUCCUGAAUUUCAGUAUAUACCAUUUUUGUCAUAGAUACAAAUUUUAGACUAAGGCAAAUCUAAGAUUGAUGUCUGUUGUUAAGUAGUCAGCCUCCAUUGUUCCUUUUAGGCGAUAAAAAAAAAUAUCGUUUGUCCAAUAGGCACCAAUCUCAGAUUUUAUUUAAGACAGAAGUUUUCCUUGUUUCAUAUCAUUCCAUUAUCGCUUCCAAUAUUAGGCAAAAUGUUGGCUUUUUCAAAACUCUAUGGUCUUCAUAGAAUAAGUUUAAAUCGUAUUGUAGCAAAAUUUGUCUUGAUAUAAUUUUUUUUUCAAAGUACGCAUCGUACGUAAGAUCUCAUCAUUCCAUGUCGCUUUAAAUAAGAGUUAAUUCUUAGUUUACACGAGCUUAUUUGCUUAAAAAAAAUAAGCAGUAAAAAGAUGUUUCAAUUUGGUAGAAAAUAAACGGUAUUAAAAUUUUCUCCAUUGACAUCGGGAAGAUAUUUCGUUUGCAUUGCUUAGAGACCGAUAUAGUGUUAUUGUUAUUAAGUCUAAAAGUAUUUUUUCGGCAAAUUGGUUACCUUUUAAAAAAAAAUAUCUUGCUGGACGACAAAAAUAAAAUAAAAAAGUAACUUACUCAGUCUGAGCUUGUGUAAACUAAACAUUACCAAUCGUCUUUGGGACCACUUAUGCUCAAUUGUUUGAACUCCACAACUUGUAUCAUAUAUUUUUAGUGCGCUAAGUUUUUAAAACUUCUGCCGUUUACAUGUAAAUAUUAUUAAUUACUAUUAUUUAAUACGAGAAUUGAUCUUCUUAGUUUAGUUUUUAGUUUAUUUUUUGGUGUCAUCGUCAAGUGCCAAGGAGCAGUUCAAAAUGUACCCUUUCGUCGGAUAUUGAGAAUUAUUAAUGUAAUGCUAGUGGUAGUCUAAGUAGGGUACAAUAAGAAACUCGUGCUUCCUUCAAAUGCAUUCUAUAAAUAAUUUAAGUGAAUGUUCUGAGUUGAGAGUCGGACGAAGUACAUACAAUGUUGGUGUAAAUAUAAUUGUUUGCCUCAGAAUAUGCGCAUAUUAAAAGACCUUGUAAAUUUAAAAAUGGAAUAAAUUUUGACUCAAAGAGAGAAUGUUAAGUGUUCAUUAAUAUUUGGAAAAUUAUUGUUUUGAAAUUGAUUAAGUUACUUGGAAAAAGAGUACAAAUAAUGUAAAGAAUUUGAAAAAAAGUUAAUAUUAUUUCUUUUUAUUUUUCUUUUUAAAGUAAAAAGUCACAUUUUAUUCUUGGCACAAGAAGCACGUCAAUCUUGAGGCAACAAUAUUCGUAGUUCUGUGAAAAAUUGCAUAUAAAAUGGGCACAAAUUAAAUGGACCACAUGACUUGAACAAUAGGCUAUUACACUCUUUUUUGAAAACUGUUUUAAAUCAAUCCUGAGACUGUGUUAUACCUAUAGAAUUUUUAUUAAAAUUUUUUGAAGCCGAAAAGUGCUCUAAAAACGAUUUAUUACUUAUGAUUUUGUAUUUUCGCGCGAAAACGCCAUCCGCCAUGCUGUUUUGACUCGUGACGUCAUACUUUUAGUAAACAAUACGGCUCUACGUAAGACUAAAGUAAAAAGAUUUUUGUAAUAAUGAAUUACAAUACAUAUUGUUGGUGUCUUGUUCCUGAAUGCAAGAAUACAAGUAUAAAAACACCAGAAAAAUUGUGGAUUCCACUGCCAAGUGAUAUUAAAAUGAGAAACCAUCAACGUAUUAAUCCUCGGUAGAUUUAUAUUGUCUGCUUUCACAAAACCGUCUUCCAUGAUUCUAUUAAAUUAUUAAAGAGUAAAAACCCAAAAACGUGAUAGAAAUUUUAAAAUUUCAAAAUAAACAGAGCCUGACAUCAUCAAUAUGUUUUCGAUUCGAUAUUUGUUUACCUACUAAAAGUAUGACGUCACGUCAGUACCCAACAUGGCGGAUAGCGUUUUCGACUUUUGAAGAACAGAUUAAAAAAGAGGAUUUUUUAAAUUGAAUUAUAAAAUCCAUAUUGCACUUUUAUGAAUAAUGAUCGAUGUUUUUCUUUUAUUUUUUACAAAAUCUAUAAGAUACGUGCAUUUUUAUAUUUUUUUUUACAUGGUGUAAAAUAGCCUAUUCUGUGUGCCUUUUAAAUAGAACUAAGGUAUUAGAGACAUUUGUAAUUCAAUAAUAGUUUUACGACUGUAAAUACAUUUUAUCAUUAUUUUUAUCAAAUGCAUUUCUUUGUAAGAUUCUAAAAUUGUGAGGAGAAUAAAAUUUUUAAAUAUUUUCCCGUAACAAUAAAGGAGUAAAAAAUA